AUGGAUCCCAUCUCAGCUGGAACAGGGGCGUUCCCUCUCGGAACCAACUCAUACACGAUCAAAUCUCUGUUAGUGUCGGAAUAUCAGGCCGCUACACAUGUCGAUGCCAAUAGAACCACGAUGGCCCCAAAGUCGAGGCUCGCCUGGUCCGCAAAGGGUGGAGCUGAUCGGUCUUGUUCAUCCAGGAACGGCUCCCCUCGGAUUGCCAAGAUGAUGAACAGGAUCGUUGUUGGCGCGCUUGGCCUCGUUGCCGGCGUGGCUGCGACUCCGUUGGAGCUCGCCGAGAGAGGCUCGUGCAGAGACGACAGUCUGUACAAGUGCUUUGCGGAUGCUCAAUAUUCUGCUUCGGCGUCUGCGUACUGCUCUGCUCUUGAUCCGACUAUUCGCACCGUCACAGCGGCACCUCCUGCUGCGACGACCACAGUAUGGACGACUGUCACCAGCGACGUGACCACUGAUUUCGUCAACUCGAGAACAACAGUCUACACGGCAACAGUCCCUUCCUCUACGGAGAUUGCCACAGAGACAGACACAGAGACCGUGACCAUCACCACCACUGUUCCAGCCGGUGCCCGAACCACAUCUCCGCAGGCACCGCCAGUGACUGUCAGCUUCGUCCCCCGACAUCACGCGAAGCGUGACAACGGUGUGCCGCAGCCGUCCUGCAUGGUCAAGAAGUGCUUCAUCUACUCUCCCGAGCGAAUCACCGCGGCCUGCAGCUGCAUCAAUGUGCCCCCCGAGACGAUUACAAUCACUCAGGCCGGCUCUCCCACGACCCAGACAGUGACUUCGACGUCGACCGAGACCCCUGUUGUCACAGCAACUGCAUGGGAAACCGUGAGCACGGAACUCGUCGACGGCGUCACCACCACAACCACCACCGUCACGUCGACUUCCACCGCCACCAAGACGGCCACCGCCUCGCCGUCGGUCUCCAACGUCAUCCCCAACGGCGACUUCUCGUCUCUCCUCGCCGGAUGGAGCGUCAUCAACACCACCCCCAACGCGUGGGUGAAUGCCGGUGUCAGCACCUCGGGCAGCCCCGACGGCACCUCGAAUGCCUACCACAUCACCAACGUCCAAGCCACAGGGCAGGUCCUCGUCGCCAGCCCAACGUUUGCCGUCAGCGGAAACUCCGUCUACACGCUGGGGUUCCUCAUCAGCAACACGGCGACGGAUCUGAGCUGGUUGUCCCACGCUAGAUUCCAGGUCAACUGCGGCUCUUUUACUCUCCUCAACACCGGCAUCACCGGUGCCGCAGAGGGACCGAACGGGUACCGCGUCGUCUCCAACAGCUUCAACACGCCCAGUGCUACUGAUUCGACGACUCUGGGUCAGCUGAGUAGGUGCCAGGUGCAGAUUCUCUUGACUGCUGGUCAGGCGCCCAAUACCUGGUUCUUGACCGAUGUUUCGGCGGCCUAUGCCGGGGCUCGCUCGCUUCCGCAGUGA